UCACACCUCUCUCUCUCUCUCUCUCUGUCCCUCUCUCCUUUCUCUCCCUUUUGUUUUCUCUUCACAAACUCGUUCUUCUAGAAAUGGCAGAGCCAAGUUUCUAUAUCGGAGUCAUAGGAAAUGUAAUCUCUGUACUCGUCUUCCUCUCACCAGUGGAGACGUUUUGGAAAAUAGUGAAGAAAAAAUCGACGGAGGAGUACAAAAGCUUGCCGUAUAUUUCCACGUUGUUAGGAUCGUCUCUGUGGACAUAUUACGGCAUCGUCACUCCCGGAGAAUAUCUUGUCUCCACCGUUAAUGGCUUUGGUGCUCUUGUUGAAAUCAUCUAUGUCUCUCUUUUUCUCAUUUACGCCCCUCGACACCUCAAGUUAAAUACAGUCGUAGUGGUUGCGUUGUUGAACGUCUUUUUCCCAAUAGCAGCAAUUGCGGCCACAAGAAGUGCGUUUAAAGAUGAGAAAAUGCGUUCUCAAUCAAUGGGUUUCAUAUGUGCUGGUCUCAAUAUUAUAAUGUAUGGUUCUCCUCUUUCUGCUAUGAAAACAGUAGUGACGACAAAGAGCGUGAAAUACAUGCCGUUUUGGUUGUCGUUUUUCCUCUUCUUAAACGGCGCGAUUUGGGCUGUCUAUGCUUCACUCCAGCACGACGUUUUCCUACUGGUGCCAAAUGGAGUGGGGUUUCUGUUUGGGACAUUGCAACUCAUACUUUAUGGAAUUUACAGAAACUCCAAACCAGCCGGUUUAAGCAACGUUUCAAGUGAGAUGUCUGCAGAUGAAGAGGAAGGCCUCACAUCACGUGCCCCUCUCCUUUCUUAAACCUAUUUUCCUCCAUUUUAUAAAAUUUAUAGCAAAUCAUCUUAUAGAUUUUUAAAAAAUUUCUUGGCGAGUGUUCGAUUUAAGUUGUAUAAAUACAGAUCUUUAUCAUUUAAUUUCUUUGCCAUUAUUGGUGUGCGAUUUUGUGUCCCUUGUUUUGUUUGUGAAACAAAUUAGAUCAAGUUAAUGUGUCCUUUUUGUCAUAUAUUUCUUGUAAUGAUUCACUUUAUAUAGCACCAGUGGGGAUGAUUGAGAGCCAAAACAAAUACAGUUCAUUUGUAAGAUCAUCUCAAAUGUAAAAGUUCAUUUUUUUUUUCUUUUAAAAUGGAGUAACUAACUCCAACCAUAAUGGAGUUGAAUUUAUUUUAACCACUCUAUUUUUGAUGUAUUUUUGAAGUGAAAAAUAA